AUACGUGUUAGUAUCUGGGGUCGAGCAGGAGCUAGCCGACUUAUGUGAAUUUACUAAAAUGUGACUUUUAACGCCGUGCUGUUUUGAUAGGCGCCAGGAUAUGGCCGAAUUACCUGAAAAGGGAAGCAGACAGCUAGAGUUCGACUAAUGCCUUAACACCCCCUGCCUGCCUUGAGCCAGACGAGCCCAGAACAAGAUGCUGCUGAAGAUGCCCAAGAAGCUGCUGAAAACCGCCCACUACAUCGAGCUGGGCAGUUACCAGCACUGGCCGGUGCUGAUACCCCAGAGGAUACGACUGUACACCUACGAACAAGUCCCCCUCUUCCUCAAAGAAAACCCCUACAUCACAGACGGCUACAGGGCUCACCUGCCCUCCAAACUCUGCCUGAAGAGCAUUUUUAUUCUGUCCAAUGAGACGGUGAAUAUCUGGAGCCACCUUCUGGGUUUCCUGCUUUUCUUCUUUCUUGGAGUCAACGACCUCUCGUCAGUGCUGCCGGCCUCUGGAGCGAACAGAGAGGACUACGUCAUCUACGCUAUAGGACUCUUCUGCUACCAGGUUUGCAUGCUGUGUUCGGUGGGGUAUCACCUGUUCUCAUGCCACCGAUCAGAGAAGACCAGCCGUCGCUGGCUCUCGUUGGACUAUGCAGGCAUCUCUGUGGGCAUCCUGGGCUGUUACGUGCCUGGGAUCUUCUACGCUUUCUACUGCAAUGCUUUCUGGCGACAGGUCUACCUGCUGACCGUGCUGUCGCUGAUCCUGGCCGUCUUCUGUGCUCAGGUCCACCCUCGUUACCUUAGCAACGACUGGCGACGGAUACGGACGACGAUCUUCUGCUGUGUGGCGGGCAUCAGUGUGAUUCCUGCCUGCCACUGGGUCUGGCUGAAUGGAGGAUUCUCCUGUGAUGUCGUACAACUGUUCCUGCCUCGUGUGAUAGUAAUGUACCUGAUUGCUGGAUCUGCCUUCCUGUUCUACGCCACCAAAAUCCCUGAACGCUAUUUCCCUGGCCAGAUGAACUACCUGGGUGCCAGUCACCAGCUUUGGCACGUACUGGUGGUGGUGAUGUUUUACUGGUGGCAUCAGACCGCUCUGGUCAUAAUGCACUUCAGACACAGCCAGCCCUGUCCAGCACUGAACAAUGGCAGCUAAGUGCAAAACACCACACAAUAAUAAUAAUAUCCAACUACAAGCGCCACAUUGACAAUGUUACCUUGUCAAACACAACAGCUACGCACGGAUUCUGGCUACUGAUUCCUAAAAUUUUAAACCUACCAAUGAACAUGAGUUGACUUCACUGGAGCCGUUGCCUCAAUCACAAUCUAUCCCUGUUUGUACCAUGGGAUGUUGGACAGUAGUCAGGAAACAGAAGAGACUGGGAGUCCAAGUCUUUGCGUAUUCUCAGCUGAGAUCCAACCAUUAGAAUAAUGCAUGAUGCAGUCAUUUCAAUUUAUAUGUAGAAACAGACUUUGAUGUUCUUUGGUGAUUUAUAUGGUAUAUCAUGUUUUUGUACAGAAUCAUGAAAAAAAAAAAAUCAAUAAGAUCAAUCAAACACAAUGGCCUGUGUUGCACCUGUGAGAAUGUCUUGAUAAAAAGUGGGAAUACAUAAAAAAAAGAACAACAAUCAAACUGGAAGGUCAGUGUUCUGACACCAAACGGGCCAAUCUUUGGUAGAAACCACGUCUCAAUGGCUCAGGUAUUUGAAGCUUUUGAACAAAUAUUAUGUGGCCAGUCAAUGAUCUCGUUACAGUAUCUAGUGUGUAGAAAGAAAAUCGUGAGAAUCCUCUGAAGGCUGCAGUGCAUUAUUUUUUGUUUUAAUGUUCCAGUUUUUUUUUUUUUUUUUUAAAAUAUCAGAACCCUUAACAUGGCAUUAAUGGAAAAUACUCUGAUAACUCCUGGUAGUAUCCAGAGAACCAGGUGGGAUUAUUUAAAAUCUCUACCGUCAUGUCAGUCUGGAAUAGUUCACUCACCAAGUUCAUAUUUAUUCAUCUGGAAUUUGCGGCACAGUCUUACGAUCGGUCAGUCAACUACGAAACUUUCGUCGAGGUCUUCAUUUGUUUUUGUCUUCAAUGAGCCGCAGCACGUUCAGCGCAUAAAAUAUCAUCCCGUUUGCUGUGCCGGUCAUCAUUAAGGUGUUGGGUAUGUACUCUUUAUUUUAUUGUGUCUCUAUGACGCUGCAUAAUUUGGGGAUUUGUUAUUUUGGUCCACCGUUUUUUUUCUGUUACAGCUUCAAUUAAGAAAGGCAUUGUGUCCACACUGUUAAGAGUAAGAGGAUAGAGGAUAUCUACUUACAUAUUGGGGUUCUGGCCAGUAAACACAUGCUAAACUGCCUCAGGUUUCCAAACAGGGCAUAACAACAAUGCUGGGUUUCUUCUGUGUAUAGUUAACAGAAAAUCAAAAAUAUUUUCUCAUUUACCUCUUCUUCUGACAUGCCUUUGGUGUUUCAAUGUUACGUACUCUAAAAGAAUAGAGGUGAAGGGAAUUUUGUGUUUAUUGUGCUGAACAUUUCCACUUUAAAAAGUCAUCAGCAGUUUUUAACGUUUUCUAUUUUAAUGUUUUGGUUUUGUGUUUUUUUGUGCAUAAUUUCAGUCAUCCCUCGUUUGCCUUAUUUGUAUAUCUCUGUACUGUAUUCUUACUGUUACAAUCCAUUGGCCAGGGAGAAAAAUCAUGCCGAGCAAAAUGAUCAAACUGUUACACCGCGAGGCCACUAUGUCUUUCAUUUUCAUAUAUGUUACAAGUUGUUUGGAACAAAGACUGGAUCAAGUCAGAGAGCACUUGCUGCAGCCGACUGCAGCGCUGGAACACGCACUAUACAGGUGCAAUAAAAAAGAAAGAAAAAAAAGUGACUUUAUUUUACUGUACUUGCUUGCUCUUUUUGUGGGUGAUUGUUUUAUCCUGUGAGUUUGUCCUUUCACUGAAUAUCAUUUGUGUGUGAAAAACUGGCACUGACUUAUGAGAUGUAUGAUAUUUAUUUCAGUGCCUCUGUGAAAAUAUAUUUUUAAACCUUUGGAAUGAAUAAAGAAUGCUGGGAAACACA